UUCAUACUUGCGUUCUCUCUUCCACAUUUUAAUUCCAAAAAUUUCGCCUUUGUGCUUUUUUGAGUUUAUAUCUCUGUAAUUUCUGAAUCUCCAUUUUUUCCUAAAAUCUCCUAGAAAAAAACAAUUCGUCCUCUCUCCCUUUCUUUUUGAUAAAAGAAAGGAGGGAAGGGGACGAAUUAUAACCAUGACAGAUUCUUCAGGUGAUGAUAAAAAAGAUGAAACAAAACCUGUUUUAGGUUAUCCUGAACAAUUUUCUCAAUCGGAUCAUAAUAUUGCCUCGCCUUAUCCCAAUCCGGCCUAUCACUAUCCUCCACCAUAUGAUCAACAUCUAUAUCAAUACCCCUAUUAUUACUACCCAAAUUACCAAUCCAAUUACUAUAACGAUGACGACAACAACAAUAACAAUAUCUCGCAACCCCAAUUAUCUAACGUACCCCCUCCGCGACGAAAAAUUAUAACUUUUUGUCGUGUCUUUUUUUGCCUUAUCGUCGUUCUAAUAUUGAGUUUCAGUAUUUUUUUCGUAGUUCGAAUUUGGAAAAAUUACGCAUAUUACCCUUCAUUUGAGGUUGUAUCAUUUAUUGUACAUUCUUUCAACAUAUCAAAUCCCACCAAUAAGUUAACAGUGGAUUGGGAAGUAGAUGUGAGUGUGAGGAAUUCAAAUAGGAAAGUGGAAAUUAGUUUUGAGUACAUAUCAACUAGCUUGAUGUACAAGUUACAACUACUUGAAUCGUCAUUUAGCGCGCCUUUCAAAGUGUCUACAAAAAGUAAUACUAAGUUUCAUGUCGAUUCUAAUAUUCCAAAUCCAAAUCAGGUGAAAAUAGGAGGACUUGUGGUCGAUGAAAUGGCUCGAGAUUUGAGAAGAGGUGACAACUUGUUAAUUGAUUUGAGAAUAGAAGCAAAAAUACUAAAUCAAGGUCCCGGCAUUCGCUUCGAAAGAGAUUUGUAUCUAUCAUGUGAUGAUUUAAUUUUGAAUUUCAAGAAUUCAACUAGCUUGCCAGAGUGGGAUGGGAGAAUAAAUAAUUACAAAUCGAAAUGCGAAUACGACGAAACUUGGUGGGAUGCCAUAUGGGAACCUUGGUGAAAUUUCAUGUACACAUCAACCAAUAAGAAGGAUAGGCCACAAGUGACCUUAUUGCCUAUAUCUUAUAACAUCGAGGAGCAUGAUGAGAUGAAUUCUUCGUUAUUAUAUAAGUAGAGUCUCGCGUUUCAAAUAUUCUUGAAAAUGAAGAAACUUCGGAUACAGAUCGCUUCUUUAUAUGUAUAUAUUUUCACCAACCGUAAACAUGUAUUUUUUUUUCUUUUUUAUUUAGUCAAGUUUGAUAUACUUAAGCUAGUAUAUUAGGUAUCAACCACAAAACCUAGAGUGAUAAAGCAUAGACAUGAAUAUUACAAAUAGUUUAAGUUAUAUACUAUGUAUUAUGUAUAAAAGUUUUUUUUUAGGUCA